GAAGAGCGGAGGCAUGAAUGUCCCGAUUGUCAUAAGCGCUUCUACAGACCUAGUCACCUGGCCACCCACAUGAACUCUCAUACUGCAUUCGAAUGUCCCAAGUGUGGAAGAUCUUUCAAUGUGAAUUCAAACAUGCUUCGCCACUUGCGU